CUAGUCCCAUCACUAACAAAAACAGAAGAGUAACGCUUGUUACGGGUUCGUUUCGCUCAAUUUUAAAUGAAUUAAAUAAAUUCCUGCUCUGCCCCGAGGCGUUCGGUUGUGUGCGUUCGCAAGUAAAGUAAAUAGAAUUUUGCGGUGCUUGCAAAAAACGAAACGAGCUCCAAUUGCGCGACGACAAUAAUUGGAGUGCAUUACGGGUUAAAGAAUUGCGUUGUUGUGCGUCGUCGUUGCUGUUUUUGUUGUUGUCGGGUUGGUCGUGCACGAAAAAUAAUUGUUUUUAUUCAAAAGGGGCUACAUAUACAUAAAUUGCUAAAUAAGCUUAGCUGCGAAUAGUGUGCCAAAAUUAAGAGAGUCGCGAAACGAAAACGAGUUUCUGUGAAUGUUGAGAAAGCCAAACAAUACGCAGAUAUAUAUGUAUAUAUAGGUGUAUAUGCAUGGUGCUGUAAGCAUUUAAAAAUACAAAUCCCCUUAAAAGCGUUUGACGUCCAAAAUACAUGGCCACCAAAUGUCUGAUUUCUUAAACGUGUAAAUUUAGUGGAAUGCGGAGUGAAUUUUGAUUCUGAGUGCAUUCUUCGGCGUUUGUUUUGAGUGGAAACAGAACCAGUUUUCCAAGACACUUGUAAAGUUGCCUCUGUUGCAUUAAUCCCAGCUUGAGUCAUCCUUUCGUACUAAACACUGACAGUUGUUUAUCAGUUCAAUGUGAUUCGCCCGUGCAGCUACAUCAGUAAGAGAAAACCCACUUCGGGACCUGGAACCCCGGAACCCACUGCCAUUAUGUUGCGGCUUAUCCUCAUUGCCUGCCUGGCCCAAAUGGCCCUGGCUCAGGCGGAUCUUAAAGAUCUGGAUGGACCCAAUAUCUGUAAAAGACGAGAAUCGUACCCCGUUAAAGUUGUCUACACAGAACUGCAAUCUUAUCAGGAGCGCAUCUCCACUUGGUGCAUGGCCAUUCCUCCCAGGUGCUCCACCUAUCGUCUUAAUAACCGAGUGGUCAACAAGACCCAGACGAUCUCGAAAACCCGUAUCGUAAGGGAUUGUUGUGAUGGCUACAUUGCCAGCGCAGGAGAGUGUGUACCACAUUGCUCGGAGCCCUGCCAGCACGGAAGAUGCAUCUCCCCGGAGAAGUGCAAGUGUGAUCAUGGCUACGGAGGACCCGCCUGCGAUAUAAAUUGCCCGCCGGGCUGGUACGGCCGGAACUGCUCGAUGCAGUGCGACUGCCUAAACAACGCCGUCUGCGAACCCUUCUCUGGAGACUGUGAAUGCGCCAAGGGCUUCACAGGACCACGCUGCGCCGAACUCUGUCCGGAGGGCUUCUUCGGGGCAAAUUGCUUGGAAAAGUGCCGCUGCGAAAAUGGCGGCAAAUGCCACCACGUUUCCGGCGAAUGCCAGUGCGCACCUGGUUUCACGGGUCCUCUAUGCGACAUGCGCUGUCCGGAUGGCAAACAUGGUGCCCAGUGCCAGCAGGAUUGUCCGUGCCAGAACGACGGAAAGUGCCAGCCGGAGAGUGGGGCGUGCAUGUGCAAUCCCGGCUGGACGGGCAGUGUGUGCGCCAACAAGUGUCCGGUGGGCAGCUAUGGACCCGGAUGCCUGCAGACCUGCGCCUGCUACAAGGGAGCACCCUGCCACCACAUCAGCGGAAAGUGCGAGUGUCCGCCGGGAUACUUGGGAGAGCGCUGCUUCGACGAGUGUCCGCUGAACACUUACGGAUUCAAUUGCAGCAUGACCUGCGACUGCGAGAACGAUGCCACCUGCGAUCGCGCCAAUGGAUCCUGCAUCUGCAACCCCGGCUGGCGGGGGGCCAAGUGCGAGGAGAGGAUUUGCGAGGCGGACAAGUAUGGAUUGGACUGCAACCGCACCUGCGAGUGCGACAUGGAGCACACGGAACUGUGUCACCCGGAGACGGGCAAAUGCCAGUGCAGCAUCGGCUGGAGCAGUGCCCAGUGCACCAGACCCUGUACCUUCCUGCGCUACGGCGUGAACUGUGAGCAGACCUGCAAUUGCAAGAAUGGAGCCAAGUGCUCGCCCGUCAACGGAACCUGUCUGUGUGCGCCCGGCUGGAGCGGACCGACCUGCGAGGAGAGCUGUGCCGCCGGCACUUUCGGUCAGGAUUGCGCCCUGCGCUGCGACUGCCAGAAUGGAGCAAAAUGCGAACCGGAGACGGGUCAAUGCAUGUGCACGGCCGGCUGGAAGAACAUCAAGUGCGAUCGCCCCUGUGAUCUCAAUCACUUUGGACAGGAUUGCGCCAGGAUAUGCGAUUGCCAGAAUAACGCCGCCUGCAACCCGCAGAACGGCAGCUGCACCUGUGCAGCCGGCUGGACGGGCGAGCGGUGCGAACGGAAGUGCGACCCCGGCAAAUUCGGACACGAUUGCGCCCAAAAGUGCCAGUGCGACUUCAACAACAGCCUGGCCUGCGACUCCACCAACGGACGAUGCGUGUGCAAGCAGGACUGGGGAGGCGUUCAUUGCGAGACCAACUGUCGGAGCGGUUACUAUGGUGAAAAUUGUGAUAAAGUUUGCAGAUGCCUGAACAACUCGUCCUGCGAUCCCGAUUCCGGUAACUGCAUCUGCUCGUCUGGAUGGACGGGCGCCGAUUGCGCCGAACCCUGUCCGCCCGGAUUCUAUGGUAUGGAGUGCAAGGAGCGCUGUCCGGAGAUCUUGCAUGGCAACAAGAGCUGCGAUCAUAUUACGGGCGAGAUUCUCUGCCGCACUGGCUACAUUGGACUCACCUGUGAGCACCCGUGUCCGGCUGGACUUUACGGACCCGGCUGCAAGCUCAAGUGCAACUGCGAGCAUGGCGGCGAGUGCAACCAUGUGAGCGGUCAGUGCCAGUGCCUGCCCGGCUGGACCGGUGCCAACUGCAACGAGUCCUGCCCCACGGAUACCUAUGGCCAGGGAUGCGCCCAGCGGUGCCGCUGUCUGCACCACAAGGUGUGCCGCAAGAACGACGGCAUGUGCAUCUGCGAGACGGGCUGGACGGGCACCCGCUGCGACGAGGUCUGUCCGGAGGGAUUCUACGGCGAGCACUGCAUGAACGCCUGCGCCUGUCCGUCGGCCAACUUCCAGUGCCAUGCGGCACAUGGUUGCGUCUGCAGGAGUGGCUACACGGGCGAUAACUGCGACGACCUGAUCGCCUCCCAACGAGUUGCAGACCAGAGCGAAGAUUCAAGCCGAGCAAGUGUUGCAUUGACCCUGGUCCUGAUGACCCUGUUCGCUUUCAUCAUAUUUGCCGUAUUCUUCUACUAUCGCCGACGUGUGUCCAACCUGAAAACGGAGAUUGCCCAUGUGCACUACACCCAUGACGCGAACACCACUGGCUGGCCGCCCAGUAAUCACAACUUUGACAACCCCGUGUAUGGAAUGCAGGCGGAAACGCGACUCCUGCCCAACAAUAUGCGCCCCAAGAUGAACAACUUUGAUCAGCGGAGCACGAUGAGCACGGAAUAUGGCGGCGAUGAUUCCAAUGCCAGUGGCAGGGUAGGCAGCUAUUCGAUUAACUACAACCACGAUUUAUUAACGAAGAACUUGAAUGCGGACUCAACCAAUCCGAUUGUUUAUAAUGAAUCGCUAAAGGAAGAGCAUGUCUACGAUGAGAUCAAGCACAAGGAGGGCUACAAGGAUCCGGUGAAAAUUUAUAGCAAGAUUUUGUUUCCCGAGGAUGAAUACGAUCACCUGGACUACUCCCGACCUAGCACCUCGCAGAAGCCGCACUACCACCGUAUGAACGAUGCCAUGCUCAACAUAAACCAGGACGAGGAGAAGCCCAGCAAUGUGAAGAACAUGACGGUGUUGCUGGACAAGCCGCUGCCACCCACAGAGCCGGAGCCGCAGCACGAGAGCUUCGACAAUACGAACACCAACCUGGACAAUGUGUCCACGGCGUCGCCCAGUUCCAGUCCGGAAUUUCGCAAGUAGGCAGCCGGAACAGUCACUUCACCCCGCUGGAUUAGGUUUUAAGUCGUCUAUAUACCAAUUUUAGUUUAAUUUAUGUCCUAGCAUUUAAGUUGUGUAACGUAAUUCUGUUUAGCAUUUGUCCUGCAUUCGUUUUGUAACUGUGUAUUUGUAAUUUGUGUAUUUCGCUCAGUUUUCCCAUGUUGUCUGCUCAGUCAAUUGUAAAUUAUUCUUGAUACUUUUGUACAUGUCUACUUCAUUCUCGCUCUAAAUUGUACUAACGAUUAUGCUCAUUUUAUCGAUCAUCUACGCGACUAACACCCUAAGUGAAAUCAUAUAUUGUAUUAAGUACCUAUACACACAUCUUCCUGUUAAAAUUGUGGAGUGUCUCUGAGAGAAACUCGUUCGGAUCGAAGGUUGCAAUAAUUUUAAAUCGAACCCAUGCAUAUACAGAUUGAUAUCAAUAGCUUUUAAGCAUAUGGUAUUUAUAUUUUUAAUAAGCAAUUUAUUUGUAGAGUGCAUAAACAACACAUUAGAGGAGAUCCAUAUUAGACACUGAUGAACUAAAUAUUCGUCAAAGUAAUUGUUAUCAAAAUUAAAAGAUGAUAUUUAGUGAAAGGAAACGAAUGGCCAAAAUUGCAGAAAACUCGGAUUGAAAGAUUUUAGAUGAAAUAUUGACCUGUAGCUCAAAUAUUGGAAUUUUACGAUUGAGUCAACCCUACCCUGAUAAAAUUGUAUGUUAUUGUUCAUAUACACAUAUUCGAUCUUUUAAAAACGCGGAUAAUAAAUACAUAACAAAUAUUUUAAAAA